AUGAUUCUCAUCAACAACCAGUUCCCCGGCCCUUUGGUUGAAUGCAACGAAGGCGACACCAUCCGAGUCAUUGUGGAGAACAAAGCCAUCAAUGCUACUUCGAUGCACUUUCACGGCCUCUUCCAAAACGGCACAAAUUCCAUGGAUGGCGCCGUUGGAAUCACACAAUGCCCAAUUGCCCCCAACUCAACCUUCACCUACGAGUUCGAGAUCAAAGAGCAGUCCGGCACCUACUGGUAUCAUGCCCACCAUAGUGCCCAAGCAUCUGAUGGCCUCCUUGGCCCCGUCGUCAUUCACUGCAAAGAUGAGAGGACUACUCUGCAGAAGCUGGAAUAUGCUUCGGACAGAAUCAUCAUGGUCCAAGACCAUUAUCACAAUCUCACCUCGGAGCUCUUGAUGGAUUAUCUCAAAAACGACAUGGAGAACAAUGAGCCCGUCCCAGACAACGGUCUCAUCAACGGCCGUGGCGUGCGUGACUGUAAAGAUUUCCAAGGCUGGGAUUGCGAUGCCGCAAACGUUUCGACCUCAGUUCUUGAUCUUGCUGCUGGUCAACGCCACCGGCUACGCAUCAUUAACGUCGGUGCCUUUGCCGAGUUCCAGAUCCAGUUUGAUGAACAUCCAUUCUACGUCACCGAGGUCGAUGGCACCGACGUGUUCCCCGAACCGUUUCAUCGUCUCAACAUUCUCCCAGCGCAGCGGUACAGCGUCAUCCUUGAAACCAACGUCACCACCGCCGAUACCUUCUGGAUGAGAGCCCGAAUGGUGACACACUGCUUCACCACCAAAAACCCCCGUUUACAGCCCGAGAUGCGAGCUAUAUUACACUACGGCUCUCCCGAAGUUAAAGCCUUGGACAAGGAGCCUACAAGCAAAGACUGGCCCGAAGCCAUCGAAGUCAUAUGUCGUGAUCUCAACGUCUCCGCCCUCCACCCAGUCAUCCCCAUGACCCCCCCUCCCGCAGACAAAUACAUGCGCUUCGACGCAAGCUUCAUGAUCGGCGACUGGCGUCUCGCCCGCGGCUUCUUCAACCAAUCCACCUGGCACCACAACGUCACCUCCCCAUCCCUCCACCGCUUCCUCUCCGCAUCAUCUACCAACGCCACCACUCUCAAAUCACCCAUUGCCGUCAACAACAUGGCCUUUGACUACAAAAAAGAACUCGUCAUCCAAACAGAGGGCAUCCGCACCAUCGACCUCGCCAUCAACAACUUCGACGACGGCAACCACCCGUUCCACCUCCACGGCCAUAAAUUCUUCGUCCUCUACCAAGGCCGCGGUGGGUACCCUCCCUACGAGGCCGAUUUCCCCGAUUUCGUCAAGGAGCACAACCUAGACGAUAAUCCCGUCCGAAGAGACACCGUCACCGUGGAAGGAUACAGCUGGGCCGUCAUCCGCAUCGUGCUCGAUAACCCGGGCAUGUGGGCGUUUCACUGCCACAACAUGUGGCACGCUGAGUCGGGCAUGUUGAUGCAGCUGCUUGUAAGGAGCGAUGUAGUUCGAGGCUGGACUGUGAGCGAUCAGGAGAAGAAAAUGUGCGGCCUUGAAGGCGUUACGACGGGUAUGAGACCGGAUGACAGCAUCUGGUUUGGCAACUUUGGCAAGACAUGA